CUCCGAUUUUGAGACAAACGCUCUUGGUCUUGGAGAACUCGUGCCUUAAAGCAUUGGUCUUCUCCACUGCUUCGCUUGAAAGUUGAAACAAACGUUCGUCUCUGCGAUCUGAAUUAUUUCGGUGAGACUCUGGAAAAAAUCGAAGCUCAAAGAUGGGUUGGAUCGGAGACACCGUAGAUUCUAUCAAAUCUAUUCAGAUCCGUCAGCUUCUCACUCAGGCCAUCAGUCUUGGGAUGAUUGUCACGUCUGCUUUGAUCAUAUGGAAAGCUUUGAUGUGCGUCACCGGAAGCGAAUCUCCCGUGGUGGUUGUUCUAUCUGGAAGCAUGGAACCCGGUUUUAAGAGGGGGGAUAUACUGUUCUUGCACAUGAGUAAGGACCCGAUUCGAGCAGGAGAAAUUGUUGUUUUCAAUGUUGAUGGUCGUGAUAUUCCCAUUGUUCAUCGUGUCAUUAAGGUUCAUGAAAGGGAAAAUACUGGAGAAGUCGAUGUUUUGACUAAAGGUGACAAUAACUAUGGAGAUGAUAGACUUCUAUAUGCUGAAGGACAGCAAUGGCUUCAUCGACAUCAUAUAAUGGGCCGUGCUGUCGGCUUCUUGCCUUAUGUUGGAUGGGUGACUAUAAUUAUGACAGAAAAGCCAAUCAUCAAGUAUAUUCUCAUAGGUGCAUUGGGCUUACUCGUUAUAACAUCCAAGGAUUGAGUCUCUUGGAAAGGAAUGGACUCUGCAAACCCUUGUUUUAUCAUCCUUUUGGUCUUGUUAUUUCAAUGGGAAAAAAAAAUUAAAAGACUGGUCAUUUUGUGGUUUCGACCACUUUUAGAGUUUAAACUUUAUUAUAUACACUAGAAUCAGAAGCUAAUUUUAAAUCGUGGAGACUAGAUUACCGUA